UCACUUAGGGUCGAAGAGGUGUGAGGCAUGCUCUGAUGCCAGAUCUGUGCAUUAUUGACUAACAAACUGACCCUGCAGAUCAAGAGGGCUGUACUAGAUGGACCCGUCGAUCAAGCUCAUUGCUGAAAUGUAAGCCGUUCAAGGGUAUCGUCAUCGUCAAUGAGGCAACAUCGACUUUGCGGGGCGGGUCAGGGAGCGGUGCCGCUCAUCAAGCAGUACGCCAACCUGUGUAAUGCAGACGCUUAGCAAGAGCUUCGGGCUCGCAGCAAUCCGUGAGAGUCUCGAGCGCCCUCACAGCUGCAAAAUUACUCAUGACGACUGUCAGCCUGGGCAUGGCCCUCGCGCAUCGGGCACUCGUACGGAUUCUUAUGAAUACACAACAUUAUCGGUCCCGACGGCGUCGCUCGCGCUCUCGGCGCUUUCGCGAUCCGUUGUCGCGGCCAUGAACGCGAAGGUGGUCGCGCUCGUCGAGCAGUGUGCGGUGCUAUUGCAUGAGCUGGAGAAACUUCGGCCGCUCGGGCUCGGUGAUGCGAUCGGUGGGAACGACGCGAAUUUUGUGAUGGUGCCGGUGUCAGAGAUAAUGCGCGCGCCGAAGGGAUAUACAAGACUGCGUCGGAGGAAGAGGGCGUUGAGAUGUGAGGGCUGCUUGCGGAUCACAGUGGGCAGUGCAGAAGAGAAUGUUGUCGCGCUGCGCAAGCUGGAGCAGUUGCUGAAGGAGCUAUAAGGCACAUUCUGG